UGACAAUAAACAUUGGAAUUGUUACUGAUUUUAAACUUAAUGUUGUUUCAAAGUUGCAGUAUUCAGUUCAAGCAAAUGUUUUUAAAACUCUCAAUUCUGAACAAAUUCGUUUGAAGACAGUCAAUAUUGAAAAUGUGCUACAACAAUACAAUUACAAAAGUGAAUAUUUCCAACUUGAAACCAAUUAUAAGUUAUAAAUAAUGCUACUACUAUUUCUGUUGUUUAUUUCUGCACUAUGAUUUGUUAUUUUGUCAGCAGUUUGACGCAGGUUUGUCACAACUAUAUUAAGGAGCAAGGAAACGGAGCCGCUAGCGUUUAAUUCAUUGAAAAAUCUUUUCUGAUACAAAUAACUUUUUUAUUAAUUGGUAACGUAUGUCAUAUGAAAGGCAAUUCAGUUAUCUUUACAAUGAGAGCAUUGGUUGUAAAACUAAUAUCUUUUUUAAGUUGUAGAGGGUUCGAUAUAAUGAGAAAGAAAAAUGUCUGUGGCUCCGACUCCUUGCUCCCAAUUGUAUAUCAUAAUGUCAUUGUAAAUGGUCAAAGUAAUACGUCCCUAAAAUUAAUAUUCGGAUCGACUCCGGCUACAAUGACUUGCCUAUCGGAAACCUCAGUUACAUUUUACUACAAGUAACUUAAUUACUAAUUAGUACCUCUAUUCCACAACAGAAAUAUUUUUACCAUUUGAUAAAACUCUGACGAAAGACCACCAACCUCUGGAAGACAGAGCUAAACCGAAGUAUGUACAAAGAUACGGCCGAACGACUUUAGAUCCAGUCGUGUCAUCAGUUAGAGACGAAAUACUCGAUGACUAUCGCGUAUAUAUGGCCACGUUAAGUACGAAUGUAAAGAAAGGACAGGCUGUCGAUGACAUAGCAAACGGACCCAAUAUACUCAGAGAACGAGACAGUAAUAAAGCAAACGACAACACAGCGACAUCCCAAGAGACUUCAAUCAAAGACUCAGAUUCAGAACCUGACAAGAAUGAGAAACUGAUAAGAGAACUGAAAGAGAGUAUGAACAUAAAAGAUAUAGAUGUAACUAUUUUACCUGAUAAACUAGUGACGUCUGAUCGAGAUGACAGUGAAACGGAUGAAAGUAAAAAUGAAGAGGAUAGAGAUGUAACAGAAGAUAGCUCAACAGAUGAUCAUGAAGAAGAGAAGGAAACUGCUGAAGAACGCGAAGAAACUACUCCAAGUAAGGAUAAAACAAAUGAAUCCAGUGAUGAUAGUGAUAAAACUCUUAUAAUGGACGGGAUGGACGAUACACAACUGGAUAAAAUUGGUGAUAUACUAAAUAUGGAGAGACAAAAGACAAAAAAACAACAGUCAACUGAGACAGAAGAUGAAUAUGUUACAACAACGAAACCAAGAAGAAAAAAAAGGAAGACAAAAACUACAGCACCUAUAAAAUUCAAUUAUGAUUUAGUUAAAAAAUCAACAGCCCAUGUAAAUAAAUUUACUCAUUCAGCGUUAAGAAAACACAAAUCAUCAACGCAUAGAAAAUUACAUGUCAAGAGAAUUACAAAGAAUCGAAUCACAGUAAGCGGAAAAUAUACGACAAAGCAUAAAAGGCUACACGCUAACAAACUUAUAAAGAAAUCAACGAAUAUACGAGAAGUAGAACCUACAACACAUAUAAUUGAUGAAGAAGCGGAAACAAGCUCUGGAACUACAUCAGUACAAGUGAAUAUAAAACGUACGCCACAAUCUACAACCACGAUUCUGCCAUACUACAAAAUGAUUGUUGAUCUGGAUGAAGGGUACAUGGUGGUGUUCCUCAUCGAGCUGAUGAGAAUUAUGGCCUCUAAAGACAAGGAUGACCUAUUUGAAGUCCUCGUUCAUACCGAACAGAUCGUGCUGCAUGGACGUCAGCAAGAGCUAUCUUCUGAAGUCAAUACCAUCAUAGACUAUGCUGAUAUGUUGUAUGAUGAUAAAGAAGGCACGAAGCUAUUCAAUGUGCUCAAAGAUUUUGAUGACUAUCCUAACACUAAACGUCCAGGCUAUACAGUAUGUUUAGCAUUAAUAGAGAGCUUCCUAAAGCCGUACCAUCGGCUCAAUAAUACAGUUCUACGUCAACGAUUGUUAGACUCUAUUAACUUUGAGCUAAGAGCUAUAAUACUUCAACCAGACCUGUGGAAGAUGAGUGGUUUGGGAUUUUUAGGUAUUAAAGAAGCAACUGAACAAACCCCGUCAGUACAAUCACACAGCGACACCACAGUCUCAUUCACAAGGAAAAAACAAAAGAAAUUGACACAUAAACUACAAAAGCUGAAGUCGAAACCAAAACAUCCGACUAUCAAACGAAAACACACAAAUGUCCAGACAAAUUACAGCAAUGAAAAUGUUUAUAGACGUAGAUUAAGUUAUACACCUGAAACUCAGUACAAUUAUCCUUUGUUAAGAAAUAUGAAGCCGAUCACAAGUAUACAGAGACGGUACAAAAUUGUUACUCCGACACAUCGACACAUGUUAAGGCACAGGUCUACACGUAGUUAUAUAGUAAACCUAAUCAGUAGACCCACCAAGGAGUUCACAACUAAACUAAAUAUAGCUACGAAUCAAGCGAAUACUAGAUUCCCUUUCCUCCAUGGACAGUACGAUUUCGAACGCAUUUGA